CGUUUUUAAAUAUAGUGCUUUAGUACUGUGUGUGUCUGUGGUGCAACUGUAGACAGGUAGACAACACUAAGCGCAGUCUCACUCUCUCUCUCGGUGGGACGUGUCCAGAGUCACGCCCACUCUGGCAUUUUCCCACAUUAAUAUGCAGCGUAUAUACUGUAUGUUAUCGUCAGUCAAAAAACUACAUCUCAGGCUCGAUGAUCCUCUGAAGAAAUCCCUCCGCGCCCUGAGGAGGAGAAGUCGCUCCUCUGCAAACACGCUGCCGUUACGCCAUCCUCCGGCAGGCUACGCUUUUCUCGUCCCUUCCUGGACUGACAGCAGCUGCUCUGCCCAGUCAGGUUUCGAGCAUCUGCUGGGACUGCUGGGAGGACGUCGGCUCAGACUGCAGCGCACUGCGAUGCAGAGAAAGGGGCACUGAGGCUGUGAUGCCGGAGCUGUAAUCCGUAAACCUGUGCGGACGGAGCGCAGGGUGGAGCUGGCGGAGUUCGUGCGCACACCUCUGGAAGCUGCUGCCGAAGAGGAGCCUCUGCAGCGCCGCAGCUUUGCACCGGGAACCCGCCUCGGUACGUGACUCCGAAACCGAAGCUGCCCCGGAUCCGACAGGGAGGGGGGCCGUAGCGCGGCACCCCGCCCGUCUCGCCUCAUUUGGACCGCACGGACCUGAGCUGUGAUAUCCGCGCGCGGAACCCGCCGAGCAGCCCGCACCUCUGCGCCAAAGCACCGAAGAUCAUGAAACUGGUGAAACUUGACCAUCACAAAACCCAAAGCGAUGUGCACGAGGACCUGCAGGUGUAACAGGUUCUUAAUGCCACUGGAUAGCAUGAACUAAGUAAAGAGUCGACUGUUUGGCUUCAUUAAGAGACAAAAACGGAUGAAAAUGGAAACCUUGGUGGAUCAGGAACCCACACAUCACUUCUAGACAAGAGGCAGAUAAAUCAGAAACAUGUGUCAUCGCUUCGGUGACCGUCCGGCUCAAUAAGAAGCUCAUCUCUGCCUCUCCUUCUUGGCUCUACUCAUUAACUGCUUUCACUUGUUGCAAACAUGCGUCCUUCCCUCGCCACAGCGGUCCUGCCGCCCAGGACCCGUUCCCACAAUCCACCCAACCUGUCCGUUGGGGGCCGCGAACACCUGUCGGCCCCACGAAGGCGCAGCCCGCAUCUCCGGCACACCCUCAGCCCGGAGAACCUGCGGACUCUGGCGGAGAGGGGUGGGGCGGCUGUAGAUACCGUGUCCGUGGUGAGCAGCCCCAUCGGCCUUCCGCGGGCAAACAGCGACACUGACCUGGUGACCUCCCAGAGCCGGUCCUCGUUGACGGCGUCUACUCUGGAGUACACGCUGAACCGUGGCCAGAACCUCGUCAUAUCCUGGGACAUAAAGGAGGAAGUGGAUGCUACAGACUGGAUCGGGCUGUACCACAUCGAUGAAACCAGUCCAUCCAACGUGUGGGACUGUAAGAACAGAGGGGUGAAUGGCACCCAGAAGGGUCAGAUCGUGUGGAGGCUCGAGCCCGGGCCCUACUUUAUGGAGCCUGAGACAAAGAUCUGUUUCAAAUACUACCACGGAGUGAGUGGAGCCCUGAGAGCCACGACUCCGUGCAUCACUGUGAAGAACCCAGCAGUCCUGGUGGAAGGGCUGGCCGAGCAGGUCGGAGUCGAACAUCCUCGUAAACUGAUCAGCUUCACUUUGACGGACCUGCGUGCUACUGGCCUGAAGAAGGGGAUGUUUUUCAAUCCUGAUCCAUACCUGAAGAUGUCCAUCCACCCAGGGAAGAGGAGCGUGUUCCCCGUCUUCAGCCAUCAUGGGCAGGAACGCCGAUCAGCUAUCAUCGCUAACACAACCAACCCCGUCUGGCAUGGAGAGAAAUACACAUUCGUGGCCCUGAUGACAGACAUCCUCUACAUCGAAGUGAAGGACAAGUUUGCCAAGAGCCGACCGAUCAUCAAGCGCUUCCUUGGCCAGCUUACGAUCCCUGUGCAGCGGCUCAUUGAAAAAAUACCCGGAGUCCAGCCUAUCAGUUUCUCUCUGUGUCGACGCUUGCCCACUGAGCACGUUAGUGGACAGCUGCAGUUCAAAGUUGAGCUCACCUCAACAGGACCGGAUGGUGCCUCUCCUGACUCCAUCAUCGGUGUUUCAUCCUUGAAUGGAGCUCCAGGGACUCCUUCCGAUGAUGAAGACCUGCCCCAUCACCUUCCAGGCUUGGUCUCAGCAGGCCCCUCUCCUACGGGCUCCCAGGGCUCCCAGGGCACGGUGGAAGGCGCUACCGCGGCCUGUCUGGAAAAGGAGCUGCCUUUCAUCGGAGCAGAGGGCAGAUUUGGGGAAACUGAAAGCAUUGCAGGUCAUGAAAUGCUCCAGGGGUCAUUCAGUGAGAGUCUGGAUGCUAUUGAGGCCCCUAAAGGACCUGGUGAACGACCUCUGGGUGCCGCCUCACCUAAACUGCGCUCUAGUUUCCCCACACACACAAGGCUGAGCGCCAUGCUGCAUAUCGAUUCAGACGAGGACGAAGAAAGAUCCGGAGCCAAUGACAUCACUCCGGUACCCCUGUCGCCGCUGCUAAUGAACGGAGAACCUCCUGAUGCCCGUGGUACUGAUGAAGACGACACUGAGGGGCAGCAGGAGUCUGAGAGACCGGUGGGGUCUGUGUUGGAGGCGGGGGCAGUGGGUGGAGGUGCUAAGGCAGAAGACAAGCCCCCGAGGCCCAGGCGGCCGCAGAAGCCGUUGCUGGCCUGGACUCAGAGGAUGUUUUGGAGCAGGAUGUUUUCCUUGAAGUGGAAGAGGUUCCAUUCACAGAGGCUGCGUCCCAUGAUGCUUUGCCAGAAGGUGGAGACGCUCCUGAGCAAGGAAGGAUGGCUGGCGAGGAGCCCUUAUCAGAGAUCGAUAGCUGCUCAAUGGCAACAGCCCCUCAGACUGUCUUCUCAUCUUCAGACAGCUGUCCAGUCACACGAAGCGGAGGAGGGAGCAGAGACCGCCAUAGAUCCAGGGGGAGACAUAGACUCUGCCACCCCGCCGACCAAUCAGGCUGUAGAUGAUGAAGGGGGCGGGCAAGGUGCUGUUGCUGAAGCUGAAGCACCGCCGCCACCACCAACUACUGAGCAACAGGAGGUGGAGGAGAUCAGUGUGAGGAGGCUGAGCCUGCAGGCUGCAGGGGGCGUGGCUGAACAACAAGAAGGCGAGGCAAAGCCAUGUGAGGAGGCGGGGUCUGCAGAUUCAGAACAAGUUACUACGGAAACAGAAGGAGAGGAAGGUGCUCACGUUAAUGGACAUCCUGUGCGUUCACUUCCUUCUGUGCGUCACGACAUCCAUCGAUACCAACGUGUGGACGAGCCUCUGCCUCCCAACUGGGAGGCCCGGAUCGACAGCCAUGGGAGGAUUUUCUUUGUGGACCAUGUCAACAGGACCACCACGUGGCAGCGGCCCACCGGACCUCCUGCCCCGCAGGGCCUGACCCGCUCCAACUCCAUUCAGCAGAUGGAGCAGCUGAACCGCAGAUAUCAGAGCAUCAGGAGGACCAUCACCAACAGUGAUCGGUCAGAGGAAAGCUCCGUCGACCUGGUUCCUGAACCUGAAAGCGAACUGAUGCCGCACUCCAAUUCUGAAUACAGACGAGAAAGCGGCGUCGCGCACUCCAGCGGACGCUCACGUCUCUCCCUGCUGCUCCAGUCGCCCAGCGCCAAGUUCCUGUGCAGCCCCGACUUCUUCACCGUGCUGCAUUCAAACCCUAGUGCCUAUCGCAUGUUUACGAGCAACACCUGCCUGAAGCACAUGAUCAGCAAGGUGCGUCGAGAUACUCACUUCUUCGAGCGCUACCAGCACAACCGCGACCUCGUCACCUUCCUCAACAUGUUCUCCAACAAGCAGCUGGAGCUUCCCCGGGGCUGGGAGAUGAAGCACGACCACACUGGGAAGCCUUUCUUCGUGGAUCACAACUGUCGCUCCACGACCUUCAUCGACCCGCGGCUGCCCCUCCAGAGUUCUCGCUCCACCGGGCUGCUGGCCCACCGCCAGCACCUGAGCCGCCAGCGCAGCCACAGUGCCGGGGAGGUGGUGGAUGACUCUCGCCAAACCAACCCGCCCGUCCUGCCCCGCCCCUCCAGCACCUUCAGCGGCUCCAGUCGGAGUCAGUACCACGACGUGGUGCCUGUGGCCUACAAUGACAAGAUAGUGGCGUUUCUACGGCAACCCAAUAUAUUUGAGAUCCUGCAGGAAAGGCAGCCUGAGCUUGCCAGGAACCACUCGCUCAAGGAGAAAGUGCAGUUUAUUCGCAGCGAGGGAGUCAACGGCUUGGCACGCCUCUCCAGUGAUGCUGACCUCGUCAUGCUGCUGAGCUUAUUUGAGGAGGAGGUGAUGUCAUAUGUACCGCCAUUACUCCACCCAGGUUACUGCCUCUCCUCUCCACAGAGCUCCCCCGGUACCCAGCGAGCUAACGCCCGAGCCCCGGCUCCCUAUAAACGAGAUUUUGAGGCCAAACUGAGGAACUUCUAUCGAAAGCUGGAGACAAAGGGUUAUGGACAGGGACCGGGGAAAGUCAAGCUCAUCAUACGCAGAGAUCACCUUCUGGAGGACGCCUUUAACCAGAUCAUGUGCUACUCCCGUAAAGACCUGCAGAGGAGCAAGCUUUACGUCAGCUUUGUAGGCGAGGACGGGCUGGACUACAGCGGACCCUCCAGAGAGUUUUUCUUCUUGGUAUCUAGAGAGCUGUUCAACCCGUACUAUGGGCUGUUUGAAUAUUCAGCUAAUGACACGUACACUGUCCAGAUCAGCCCCAUGUCUGCCUUCGUGGACAACCACCACGAAUGGUUUCGCUUCAGCGGGCGCAUCCUGGGGCUGGCCCUUGUUCAUCAGUACCUGCUGGAUGCCUUUUUUACCCGUCCUUUCUAUAAGGGGCUUCUUCGCAUCCCGUGUGACCUGAGUGAUCUGGAGUUCCUGGAUGAGGAGUUCCAUCAGAGCCUGCAGUGGAUGAAGGACAAUGACAUCGAAGACAUGCUGGACCUCACCUUCACUGUGAAUGAGGAGGUCUUUGGACAGAUCACAGAGCGAGAACUUAAGCCGGGCGGGGCUGGCAUUCCUGUGUCAGAGAAAAACAAGAAGGAGUAUAUUGAGCGAAUGGUCAAAUGGCGCAUCGAGAGAGGCGUGGCCCAGCAGACGGAAAGCCUGGUCCGAGGCUUCUACGAGGUGGUGGAUGUGCGGCUGGUGUCGGUGUUUGAUGCCAGGGAGCUGGAGCUGGUUAUUGCAGGCACCGCAGAGAUCGACCUGGCAGACUGGAGGAACAACACAGAGUACAGAGGAGGUUACCAUGACAACCACAUAGUGAUUCGCUGGUUCUGGGCGGCUGUGGAAAGAUUCAACAACGAGCAGAGGCUGAGGCUGCUGCAGUUUGUGACGGGCACCUCCAGCAUUCCCUAUGAGGGCUUUGCCUCGCUACGAGGAAGUAACGGACCCCGCCGAUUCUGCGUGGAGAAGUGGGGGAAAAUCACCUCCUUACCCAGGGCUCACACUUGCUUUAAUCGUCUGGACCUCCCCCCCUACCCGUCCUUCUCCAUGCUCUACGAGAAGCUGGUAACCGCUGUCGAGGAAACGAGCACGUUCGGCUUGGAGUAAACUCAAAUCGGCCGACACCCAGGAGAGAGAACCAUCUGGAAAUCUGUGUUCCUCACUUAGGAGAGGCAUUAAAAAUAAAACUAAUAUCCUCAAAAGGCAACUAAACCCCCCUCCCUUUCCCUCCCUGGAUGACGCUGCUGUUUUUUCCGACUGGCUUUACAUCACUCGGCACGCCGGCUUUGCUCUGAUUCUUCGCUUCCGACAGCUUCGGGACGAAAGACGGAGAAUCGGAGGAUGGGUUGAAAAGCUGUACAGUACAAUUUCUCGUUUUCAUGGUAACCUUUGUUCACUGAGCCACAUGUGUGCUUUAUCUCUUUAGUUAAUGGCCUUGGUUACUGGAUUUCUAGCACCUCCUCUUCCUCCUCCUCCUCCACCUCCUCAGAGACAGCUGCUCCAAAAAUCCACCGAGUUCCUUUUCCCUUCUCUGGACCUCAAAACUGUGCCCGUCCCGCUCCGGGGCUGCAGUGAUAUGAACUAUAAGACACACACCAAUCACCUUUGCACAAAUACACACUUAAGCAUUGUCUUUGUAAUAUGAGUGCAAACCAGUGUUUCCCCUGAGAGUAUUCAUCGGCGCGGGAAGAAGUGACAUUUUAGUCUUUAAACCGGACGCUGGCUACUUGUUCGAAGAGAGGGGACACACUGGUGUGCACAAAUACACACUGAAAACACACCUGUUCUCACAGUUUAGAUCCCCGAAUGAGCUGGACAUGGAGUCGCAGGUCAUCGGCGGUGCUUGUGCGCAGCGUCAGUGACACAUUGUGGUAAUGACGGCAGGUUUGAGGUCAGGACUGUUACCUUCAGUUACUGUGACAUCACAGCCCAAAAACGUAAAAGACAAAAAAAACCCCAUGUGACACGUAAACGACAGUGUCACACAGAAGCGCAGGGUUCCUGUCUUACAACACAUUUCUCAUGAGCAAUAGAGGCACUUUCUGACGUAACACACAGUCCUCCCCAGCCAGUGAAAGUGAUGAAUGUACCAAACCAGUGACUGAAUGUAUGAACCUCGAGCAGGAAACAGAAGCUGGAAGGCUUCAACAUAAGCGUGACUCGGCUUGUUUAAGCACUGACGAUUUAUAAAUGCAUUGAUGGCUCAUGAGAUGCAUCUAUGGUGCUGCCAGCUUGUUCGGGGGAUCAGGGCUCAAAUGAAAGAAAUGCCAAACUAGGUCACAGGGCGUAACAUUUCCUGGGAGGAAAACAUUUUACUGAUAACAACCUUCAAAAAUAACCCAAUUCACUGUUUAAACUGAUCAUUGGGCUCAUUUAUAUUUUAAUGGCUUUAUUUGUGUUUAUCAUAUCUAUAUUGUUUCCUUUACCAAGGAUGCAUAUUUUAAAGUGUUCUAACUUAAAUAUUUAUUUUUAAAUCAUUUUUAUGCAAAAAGGAGUUUCUGCAGAAGGAAAUCUCAGUCUGUUAGCCAUGGUUCACUGCAAAACAUCACAACGCAGUGAUUAGGAAGAGAAAAUUACAAUCAUAUCAAAUUUUAUGGCGUUAAAAAAACCCAUAUAUUUCAUUCCUUUGCAGCUCUCAGUUCAACUCUUUGACAGGACAGUGGAAGGUCAAAAGCAUGACAUAUACCCGUCACUUUUUGCAUUUUACGCUUAAUCACAAAAAGCAGAUCCACAAUUUUAAACAUCAUGUAUAGGAAUUAUUACAGUUGCUGUUAAAGUAAAAGAAGGAUUUGGGAAUAAAAAUCCACAUUUUAAGUAUCAAAAAUAAAUAUCUGGCAUUUUUAGCAAACUAAACUGCUUGAAAAUUGUUAAAAUUAAUUGAGUUAUGGUGCUUUUAAGUUGCAUAUAAACCUUUGGUUUCAUAGAUGUGCAGCAUCCCCCCUGAGCAACAUGGUGGCUGGUUUGAUGCAUCACUCUAGUGAAUGGCUAUUAGAUGUGCCAGGAGGCAUUGGUGGGAUUAUUUUAGUGCCUCUUGGGAGUGAAGUUUUAUUUCUUUGCAAACAUGUGACCAGAUCCAAGCGUCUCACUGUAGGAGCUGCAGUUUUUUAAACAAAAUAUCAGAUAUCAACACCAGAGGGCAGCAAAGUCGCACUCAACUCAAAGAACCAGUGGUCUGGUCCUCUCUGAGUGGCCUCCUGACCAGGGUAGAUGAUGAUGAUGAUGAUGGCCGUGUACUUUAGAACUUGUUGCAUACAGUCCAUGCCAGACAGUAGUUUUGUCUCUGAAGCAUGUGAUCGAACAUUGAGUGCACUCACACACACAAACUCAUUUUCUACAGGGUGCAUGCAAGAUUACACCUACUGUACAGAGUCCUGUUGGAGUUAGACCACAGGGGCUGGAAUAGUGGUAGAGAUCCCCACCUGCGAUGCGACAUGUGUAGGCGGACUUUCGUAUCUCAGCCCCGCCUCCCUACCCACACCUCUCGCCCACCCACCCCCGCCCUAAUAAUGCAUGCAGGAUCUUCCCGGUCAGCUCUGUGAGCUGGACCCGGUAGAAACUCCUAGGUGGCGUUGUGUUAUAGCUCGAUAUUGCAUGCUGAAAUAGUGCAACACACUGUCCUUACUAGCUUUUUUUGCAUGAGGAUACUGCUAUACAUUCAGACAAAGGGGUGAGGGAGCUGGUUAAAUUGUGCCACUCCGGUUGUGGCGCUCCACCUGAGGCGUGCACCCUUGUGCUCACCUGGCACUGUCGUACCUUUAGCUCAUGAGAACAAGGCGGAGGAUGAUGGUGUUUGUUAGCUCUCUCCGUGACAGUGGAACGGCGAGUAUUUCGGCAGCAUGCUUCGAAAACUUCACAUGUGCGUGUCUGCCUGUCUCAGUCACAGGCUGAUGGUCAUGGUUCAUUGCUGAACAGGUAAUGGAUCAAUAGGGCUGCUUUUGAUUUUGUGAGAGCACAUGUAUGUGUACCAUGUGUGCAGUCCUGUUUGUCUCUUUGUAUAUAAAUGUAUAUGUAUGUCUGUCCUGUUGUGUGUUUAAAUAUAUAUAUUUUGCACUGGAUGUACCAAAGGUUUGGGGCUUGCAAAGUCAACCAUUAGGCCUGCUCUCUAUUUCAGUCUAACAACCACACAUUCCCCCCUCCUCCCCACCGCCGUUUCUGGCUCACAGAGCAUCACCUCAUGUUUGCUUGAGGAGCAGAUUUGUGGCAUGGGCAGCAACGCUUCAUGUUAGGAUAUUCACCCGGUUGGGUCAGUUUCACGUUCACCAUCACUUUGAGGCUUUUCUGGUGCAGAUGAAGACUGCUGCACCGCUCGUCUUUCUGUGUACAUCUCUGACAGGACCCGACUCCAGUUUUCAGAAUUCCACUCUAUGCAAAGCUCCUGUAUGUGUGUGUGUGUGUGUCCAUUUCACUCCAAUGAUUGUAAUAAAAGAACAAAUGGAAAAUUUU